AUGAAAACAUUAGGUCAAAAAUAUAACGAAAUGCGCAAUUUGAAAAAAGGGUCUCGUAUGACGCUGUCAGAAGCUGGUAGAUUAUUGCGUAAGAGGAUAUCGGUCUCUCGCCAACUUUUAGCUGCUGGACAGAUAUGGAAAAAUAGUCUACCAAGCCAUGAUUGUGAUGUUGUUGUUACGUUUCCUCAAUCAACAACAGAAGAAACACUGGUUUGGUUAUUGACUCAGUUGAAAACAAAUGUUCCUGAGUUAUUAGUAGAAGUUAGACAUCACAGGCAUACAAAUGUAUAUGGAUUUUAUUUAACAACUUCAUUUGAAAAUUUACUUAAAGGUGCCGAGGAGGAGAGAUUGCGUAAACCAUUAAAGCAACAAUUUGGAGGUGGUAUGAAAGAAUUCGUUUAUGAAGAAAGGGAAUGUUUCGAACAGUCUGAAAAUAAAGAUGUAUUUUUAAGCAGUCAAGAAAGACAGAGCAUCAUAUUAAAUUUAUUAUAUGGAUUGCGUGCCUCUGAUAAAGAUGAAGUGUUAAAUAUUAAGUUCAUUGAAGGACAACCCAUAGUUCCGAAGUGUCUUGCUGAAGGCGUAAUAUCACAGGUUUUACCAUUACAUAGUUGUGAUGAUUUAAAUAAGCUAAAAAGAACAUGGAUGCAAGCUUUCCUGAAACAUCAGCCCUUGAAUGAUAUAUGUGAUUACUUUGGAGUUAAGAUAGCUAUAUAUUUUGCUUGGCUAGGACAUUACACUAAAGCAUUAACUGUUCCUGCCUUCUUUGGACUUUUCAUGUGGCUUUGUUACUAUGGAAAGGAUCAAGCUACAGAAGAUGUAUGUUUUGUAGUAUUUGCAUUGUUUAAUGUUUUGUGGGCUACACUGUACUUAGAAUCUUGGAAACGGAAUUGUGCUGAACUGGCAUAUCGAUGGGGUACACUAGAUAUCCAGAAUGAAUUGCUAGCUGAACCAAGGCCUCUUUUUACCGGGCCAUUGGCUAUUAGUCCAAUUACUGGAAGAAUGGAGCCAACAUAUCCAGCUUGGAAACGUAAUUUAUUCAGAUACUGUGUCAGCUUGCCUGUUAUUGCUUUUUGUUUACUAAUCGUUUUCCUAGUUAUGUUUCUAAUAUUUGAGUUACAAACAUGGUGGGAUAGAAUGAUUGAUUCCAGAGGCUUUCCAUUUUGGAUGACUCUAUUUCCAAAGGUUCUUCUUGCUUUAGUCAUCAAUGUGUUCGAUGGGGUGUAUCAUAGGAUUGCUGUUUGGUUAAAUGACAAAGAGAACUAUAGGGGAGAAGAAGAAUAUGAAAACCAUCUUGUAGCUAAAGAGUUAUUGUUCCAGUUUGUAAAUUCCUUUUUAUCCUUGUUUUAUAUUGCAUUUUAUUUACAAGAUAUGGAAAAACUAAAAGAGCAAUUGGCCGCACUUUUAAUCACACGCCAAGUAGUGGGCAACAUAAAGGAAUCCCUCAUACCUUUUUUAACAGAGACUUUCAAACUUGCUCAUCUAGGAGCCGAUCAUACCACUCAUUCUCCUUCUGGGUCUGAAAAUGAGCAGAAAGAUUUGAGCUCUGAUCAAGAUAGUGAACCCAUGUCAUCUGCUUCUUCAACACCUGUUCAUGAUAGCAGCAAUAAAAGGAAACAUAACAAUUUGACCCAAGCUGAAGUUGAAAGUGCUAUGUAUAAAUAUGAAGGAACAUUUGAAGAUUAUCUUGAGAUGUUUAUACAGUUUGGCUACGUCAUUCUUUUUUCAUCUGCUUUUCCCAUGGCUGCUAUGUGUGCAUUGUUAAACAACGUGAUUGAAAUAAGAAGUGAUGCUUUUAAAUUGUGCAUGAUAUUCCAAAGACCAUUUAGUCAAAGAGCUGAAAACAUAGGCACAUGGCAGGAUGCCAUGGAAGUAAUGGGAGUUAUUGCUGUCAUUGUGAAUUGUGCUCUAAUAGGCAUGUCGGGCCAAGUUCAGAGAAUGUUUCCAAAUUUAUCUACUCAAGGAACUAUUGUUCUAAUCGUCAUACUUGAGCAUCUUAUUUUGUCCAUAAAAUUUGGAAUUGCCUAUGCUAUUCCUGAUGUUCCACAAUGGGUGGCUACAAAAAUGGCCAAAGUUGAAUUUCAACGUCGAGAAGCAGUUAAACACUUUCACCGAAGUUCUCUGUCUAAAAAGAAGAGGAAAAUGGAGUAUAAAAAUUCAAGCUUUGAUUCCUCUCCAAGCAAACCUAAAAACAGAAAGCCCAUGAAUAUUUUGAAAAAAAAGGACAGCUUUAGUCAGACAGAGCCAUGCGAAUCUCUUAGUAAACAAAAUUCUGAGUCUAAUUUAAGUAUAGGGUCUUCGCCAUCUUCUAAUAAAUUUUUCUUAGCUUCUGAGAGCAAUAACACUGCCGACAAUGUGCCUCAACCCGACGACGGCUCUAUUACAUAUCUGUAUGCUGCAGAAUCCUUACACACAGAACCCAGCUUGAACAUCCCAUCAAACAACUGUGAACUCCCAUCUGAAAACAUUCCCGUCAUUAGAAAAGAUCUUGAUGCAAUGAGCAUCAAUUUUGAAACUCCAUAUUUAUCGAACCAGAAACGAGUUCAGAGAAAAUUAAGCCUGCCACAGAUCAAAAUUUUAAAGAAGAAUUCUUCCCAGGAAUCGGAUUCUCCACCGGAUGGGACGCCUAGUGGUAGUGGUCCCAGAAAAAUUUCCAACUCUAGCAGUAGUUCUCGUUUCUUCUCUUCCUUGAAAAAAAGGAAGCAUGCUCUGAAACGAGCACUUUCUUUUCAAAAUUCCUCAACCAGCAGUGAAGAUAAGUUACAGGCCGUGGAACCGCCAAAUAAUGAUGGGCAGCAAGUGCCUGCAGAUAAACAAAAAACAGUAUAAUUUUUUAAAUAUUUAAAUCUCAAAUUGUUGUAAUAUUUCUAUUUUGAUUUCAAUUUAAUACAUUGUUUUCUAUUUUCUAAUGAAAAGAAUUUUGUACAAAACAUUUUUUUAAUUGGUUUCAGUUUUUCUAAAAUGUUCUCUAUAUAAAUAUGUUACCGUGAAAGUUCAAAAUCUGGUAAAUGUUGACAUUAGCCAGUGAAUGUCAUGUAACAAAGACAUCAGCGAAGGACUGAAUAAUUCUGGUGAACCUCUCGUGAAUGAUGACAUUCGCCAAUUUUGAUCUUUUACAGUAACAUAUAUAUAAUGUUAUCUAUGUGCUUAAUAUUUUGCUGUUGUAGCUAAGUACAAAAAAUUUGCAAUGUGUCCAGCUUCAUAUUUUACCUACAUGCUUAACUUGAAUUAUUUUUUCUCUUUGGAAAUACAUACUAUCAUAGCUUUGAGAAGAAUAGUGAAGUAUUUAUUUAAUAGCUAAAUUAAUUUAUAAAGUAAUCUAAACUCAUGAAAAACUUUUUAAUGAGUUAUAAUACCUUUAUGUCACAAAUUAGUUUUGUGGGUAAUUUUGCUAUUGGUAAAUUCUUAGUCAUUUUAACAUCUAUUAUUAUCUUAACAUCUGUUAUUUUCCAAUGUAAAAUAAUCUAUCACAACACCAAAUCUUUUUUAACAGUUUACUUUGUGCAAACAUUCUUUUUUCAUUAUAAUUUAUUUUAGUGAAUGCCAAAAUGUGUAUAGCUACUGUUCUUUAAAUUACCUAACAGUUCAUGCUGUAAGCAUAGGAUUAACAUUAUAUAAAUGUUUGGUGCAUUUUGAGUUCAAAAAUGUAAUUAUUUCAGUGCUAUCAAAAAGUUCUGGUAAAUAUGUUUUAAUGUAUUCGAAUUAGCUUUAAAUUGGAUUUUGGUUUCAAAUAAUUCUUGGAUUUUGGUUUCAAACAAUGGUUUGUCAUUUUUGGACAUAAACUUAUUUUAAACUUUGCUUACAGCAUUUUAAUGAUAAAAUCUAUAAAAGUGUGUAAUUUUAAAAUUUAAUUGAGAUAUUUUAAUAAGAUUUUUUUCAUGGCAGUUCAUUAUGUUUUACCUUUCUUGCAGCAGUCAUCUCACAAGUUUAACAACUGGCAAAAUUGAAAACCAGAUGUUUAUCCUUAGUGUAUCAUUGAAUUCCGUAUCAGGACAUAUAUUUUAUCUCCAUAACACUUUUAAUUUUGAAAGCAAUUAAUGAUUUUUUUAAUGGAAAAAAUUAUAUUAGCUGCUUUGUUUAAAAGGUGCUACUACUUGAUUUGUUCGUUUAUUUAUUUUUUAUGCAUCUGUUUCUUUAGAUGAGUAAGGUAUAUUCUGUUUCUAGAAAUCAGCUUAAAAUAUUAAAAAGGUGUGUUUCACAUAAUUUGCAUCCUUAACUAAUUUAGAGAAUAUUAAUAUAAGGGAAAGUAGGCUCGUUUAGUUCUGGAUGGAGCUUUUUGUUAUUUCAUGCGUACAACAGAAAAAGAAGAUAAUGGAAGAUUUUGAAUAAACGAUUGACUGGCAAUAAUUGUCCGUUAAGAAAUGUCAUUGAAGUAGUUCUAUGCAUUAAAGGUAUGCCAUAAGUUGUAGAAAAACAUUAAUUAGUUUAUUAUAGAAGUUAAUUUUCAUUGGAAAUUGAUUUGCAGUCUAAUGAUGUGAUAAAUAAAUUUUCAGGAUUUACAUUUCAAACUGUAAGUUUUAUCCUGCAGCAAAAAAAAAAAAAGAA